AUGAGUUCUGAUAUGAAUGAGUCUGAUGAUCCAUCAGCUUUGCCUCCAGACGACAAAAGCCAGAUUGUUAUUAAAGAGGAGCAGCAGGAGUAUGUGCAGCAGCUGUUGGUAGUUAAAGAAGAGGUUCCCCCUGAGAAGCAAGAGUGUAGCUCCAGUGUGGACCAGCAGGAGCCAAAGCCCCCCCCACACAUUAAAGAGGAACAGGAGGAACUGUGGAGCAGUCAGGAGGGAGAGGGAGAGCAGCUUCAAGGGCUGGAGGAGGCUGAUAUCACCAAGUUCCCAUUCACUCCUGUCCCUGUGAAGAGUGAAGAUGAUGAAGAGGAAGCUCAGUCCUCACAGCUUCAUCAGAGACAAACUCAACACAUGGACACAGAAGCUGAUGGAGAGGACUGUGGAGGACCAGAUCCAGCUACGAACUCACAUCCACAUCCACUUUUACAACCAGAGACUGAAGACCAGACUGGAGACUCUUCUGAACCUGAGACUGAUGACAGUGCUGAUUGGAAGGAGACCAGAGAACCUCAGUCAGCUUUAAACUCUCUGAUACAUGAUUCAAGAUGUAAGAAAAAAUUUAGCUGCUCUGAGUGUGGGAAAGGAUUUGGUUUCAAGUCACAUUUUCAGAGACACAUGAGAACUCACACUGGAGAGAAGCCUUUCAGCUGCUCUGAUUGUGGUAAAGCUUUCUCUGAUAGUGGACACCUGAAGAAACACAUGAUAACUCACACAGGAGAAAAGCCUUUCAGCUGCAGUGUUUGUAAUAAAUCUUUCAGACAUAGUGGAAGUUUACAGUCACACAUGAGAAUCCACACAGGAGAGAAACCUUUCAGCUGCUCUGAGUGUGGUAAAGCUUUCACUGAACGUGGAACCCUGAAGACCCACAUGAUGACUCAUUCUGGAGAAAAACCCUUCAGCUGCUCAGUCUGUAAGAAAUCUUUUACACAGAGUGGACAUUUACAAAAACACAUGAGAAUCCACACAGGAGAGAGGCCUUUCAGCUGCUCCGAGUGUGGUAAAUCUUUCUCUGAUAAUGGAACCCUGAAGACCCACAUGAUGACUCAUUCUGGAGAAAAACCUUUUAGCUGUUUAGUUUGUAAGAAAAAGUUUUUAAUGUCUGGAAUUUUACGGUUACACAUGAGAAUCCACACAGGAGAAAAGCCUUUCAGCUGCUCAGUUUGUAAGAAAUCUUUCAGACAUAGUGGAAGUUUACAGUCACACAUGAGAAUCCACACAGGAGAGAAACCUUUUAGCUGCUCUGAGUGUGGUGAUCACAACAUUUCUCUGUAUGUGUUUCCUGCAGAUGUUGAGCAGCUGUCGAUGGUUAAAGAAGAGGUUCCCCCUGAGCAGCAGGAGUGUAGCUCCAGUGUGGACCAGCAGGAGCCAGAGCCCCCCCCACACAUUAAAGAGGAACAGGAGGAACUGUGGAGCAGUCAGGAGGGAGAGCAGCUUCAAGGGCUGGAGGAGGCUGAUAUCACCAAGUUCCCAUUCACUCCUGUCCCUGUGAAGAGUGAAGAUGAUGAAGAGGAAGCUCAGUCCUCACAGCUUCAUCACAGACAAACUCAACACAUGGAAACAGAAGCUGAUGGAGAGGACUGUGGAGGACCAGAACCAGCCAGGAACUCACAUCCACUUUUACAACCAGAGACUGAAGACCAGACUGGAGACUCUUCUGAACCUGAGUUUGAUGACAGUGCUGAUUGGAAGGAGACCAGAGAACCUCAGUCAGCUUUAAACUCUCUGAAACAUGAUUCAAGAUGUAAGAAAACAUUCAGCUGCUCUGAGUGUGGGAAGAGAUUUGGCCGCAAGUACCAUCUGAAGACACAUAUGAGAACUCAUACAGGAGAGAAGCCUUUCAGCUGCUCAAUUUGUGAUAAAAGAUUUUGCUACAAUACACAUCUGAAGACACACAUGAGAACUCACACAGGAGAAAAACCUUUCAGCUGCUCAGUUUGUAAGAAAUCUUUUACACAGAGUGGAAGUUUACGGUCACACAUGGCAGUCCACACAGGAGAGAAGCCUUUCAGCUGCUCAUUCUGUAAGAAAUCUUUUACACAGAGUGGAGGUUUACAAAAACACAUGAGAAUCCACACAGGAGAGAAGCCUUUCAGCUGCUCUGAGUGUGGUAAAGCUUUCACUGAUAGUGGAACCCAGAAGAAACACAUGAGAACUCACACAGGAGAAAGACCUUUCAGCUGCUCAGUCUGUAAGAAAUCUUUUACACAGAGAGAAAGUUUGCAAUCACACGUGGCUGUAGUCCACACAGGAGAGAAAAGAUUUAGCUGCAGUGUUUGUAACGAAAGGUUUGCCCAGAGUUCUCAUGUCAAAAGACAUAAAUGUGUUGGUCCGAUGGAAACAGAAGCUGAUGGAGAGGACUGUGGAGGACCAGAACCAGCCAGGAAC